UUGAAAAGUCACACAUUUUCAACUUAAGGAGUUCAUAUAUGUUAUUUUUUUCUAGAAAAGUUUUGAAAUUAAUCCCAAAAUUUCUAAGCUUUUGGGCAGUAAUUCACCCUUAUUUUGUAGUUUACGCUAUCCCCUUCAUACCAUAUUUACCUUCGACUAGCUCUAGUUUCUCAUUAUUACCUUCUGUUUUUAUCUCACAUCAUUUAUUAUGUAAGAAAAUAAAGACCGAUUGAUUAAUUGUGAUUUUUGCCGAGUCGUUCGUUUCUUUGCACAACAAACAAAAAUCUCUGCUCGGCUUUUUUUUGUGAAAGAUCACAACCGGAAGUUGUGGUUUAUCGCCGGUGAGGUUGACAGCCGUGGCCGCCGGUGAUCAUCCACGGUUUCUCCGAGACAGACUCCGACCUCGCAGCUCCUCCGGGACAUGUCCGACCGGCCUCGGGGCUGACUCUGGCUCUGUGGACCCCCCGCGGUCCUCCACCUGUCCCGGCGUCCUCCUCCGCUCCGAUCCGCUCCCAGUCUGCGGGGUUAGCAGCUUUUAGCAUCCGCAGGCAGCCUCUCCUCUGACUCUGCUCCGGCUCCGGCUCCGGCUCUGGAGGCUUUGGACCCGGAGAAUAAAAGGACGCAUUUACAUUCAGACGGCGUGGCUGUCUGCUGGGAGGCUGCGGAGCCUGAACAACCUGCAGCCGCCGCCGCAGCAGCAGCAGCAGAUCUACUGGUGCCACACGGAGGUUUUCUGGAAAUGCUGAUCUUCAGCAUUCCUGGAAAGAUUCACAAACACCCACAUGGGCGUCUGAUAAUCGACCUCCUGACUUUAUUGGAAGCCUCGUGCCAAAGGGAUCUGGAGAUUCAGCGUCUGGUGUGUUACUGCUAGGUAGACCUGCGUCUGCACAGGCGAAUUAGGCAAAGUGGACGCUCAGAGAUUUCUAACAUCACCGCUGCUCAACGUGAACACCAGGCACAGCUGGAGAAAACAAUUAAAUUAGUGCAUCAAAUGAAGCUUAGCACACAUAAAACCAGACGCACGCAGUCCCGCUGAAGGACAGAUGCUGCCCCCACCCCGCCUCGCAUCAUCCUCUCAAAUCCAGCCGCAGGGAAGAUGAGAUUUGGAUCGGACCGAUUUGUUCGCUCACUCGCUGCUUCGUUCCUGGCCAAAACGUUGGAAGCGUCGCUCUGAGGCGCCGCUGCAGUGAGCAUGUUCUGCUGCUACCGCUGUGCUUUCCAGUUUUUCCCCCCAUGGGGACAAAGAUGAAGAGAAUCUGAACCACUUUGGAUCUAUGUCAGGAGAUUUGAGCUACAAAAUACUCAAAAAUAUCAGUGUCGAGAGAACCCCCAAAUUGUACCCAAAUAAAAGUAAAAGGUAUCCAUUCAAGACAUUACGCAAGUAAAAGUCAAUAAAGUAUUUGGUAUAAAGUCUACUCAAGUACUAAGAAACUGAUAAAAAUAAUUUAAUGUGAAGAAGAUUAUCAUCAAACAGACCAAGUGGAAAUUUUGGUGUUGUAAAAAUCUAAGUAUCAAUAAUUCAUAUAAAUAACAAUUUCAAAAUCAGGUAGAAGAAACAUUUUAUGUUUAAUAUAAAACUUAAAAACUGCAGGUCUGUGUCUGGUAAAAGCUUCCUCUUCAUACAGUGAGAAUCCAGAUAUUUUACUCAAGUAAAAGUAAAAAGUAGCAGCCCAAAAAAAACAAAAUAACUCCAGUAAAAAUUGAUCAAAUGUUACCAAAUAACUGGUCAAAACAACCAUCUAAUAUUUAAAAAUUACAUAAUCAGACGGAUCAAAAACAUUCUGCUAUUUUAGAGCUCAAAGGGAAAAUAAGUAUAAAUAACAUAAUAAAUCUUUAACAGUGUUUUUUGGGUUUCCGUUUAAUUAAAAAAAACUCAUUUUUUGGUUUAAACAAGCUUCUGUUUCAUUCGGUGAAGCUACUUUCAGUGGGUAAAGUAUCCAGAUAUUUUACUCAAGAAGGCGUAGUGCUAAUUCAUAAUAAAGUUACUAUAAAGCGUAAUAAAAGUAUUUUUUUCCAAAAAGUUACUGAAGUAAAUGUAGCACAACUGAAUUGUGAAUUGUCAGGUAGCUAACAAAACUGCAUUUUAGCUUGAUUCUGCUCAUCAGUUUUUAAAAGUAAGGAGUAAAAAAAAAAGAAAACAGUGGAAGAAGAAGAGGAGGCUGGUUUUCUUAUCCGUGAGGAAGGCCCUCCUCCCCUCCGCUGCUCCUCCCUCUCUCCUCUGGUCCAGCAGCUCUCCUUUGCUCCAGUGCAGAGAGACGGAGCGGAGCGGAGGAGCCGAGCUCAGCAUGCAGCCCGGACAGACUCUCUGCAUCCGUCCGCCGGCUCUCCCUGCAGCCGCACGCUGCCGGUAAUCGCGCACCGCAGCGCGCCGCAGCGCACCGCAGCGCACCGGGGGCUGCAGACUGAAACCCGAGCGAGUUUAAACCGGAAAUAAACGAGUGGAUGAAGGAUAAAGCCGCGUCUGGACGGACUUUGGAGGCAGUCGGGUUGCAGCUGCCUGAGAUUCAGCGGAGACGGAGCAUCUGGGGGCGCCGCCUGUCGGCAGAGGCGGGUUUUGAUGUGGGCGCUUGUCCAGGGCGGCAUCAGAAAGGGGCGGCACAACCAAGAACUUCAAAAUAAAAUAUCUUAUUUGUCAGUCGUCCCUGAGAAACAGCUUCUAUGUAUGUUUAGUGGCGUUAGCUUCCCUUAGGCGGUACAUUAUCUGCUUUCUGAUUUAAAAAUAAAAAAAUAGUUUGGAGUGCAGCAGGAAGAGCGGCUUGCCAAAGAACCACAGCUGGUUGUCGGACGGGUUACAGUGGCAGGCCCAGGGGUGGGGGCAUGGCCGUGGGGGGGCCGCAUCCCGUCCUCCACGCUUCACCGUGACAGAGGCUUCGGCUGGGGGUCAUGGAGCUGGAGCUCGCCCCGGGGGGCCCCCAGACUCUCAGAGCUCCGCCCCUGGAUGAGCGGAGGGGCGGCGGCGGCGGCGGCCGGUAGCGGCGGGGACAAACCAGGCAAAGUGAAAUGUUCCCGCAGACUGUGGCUCCUCCUGGGAUCGCUGGCGCUCGUCUUCCUCACCUCGCUGUUCCUGUCCGUGUCGCUGCGCGGCGGCGUCAGCUUCGGCUACCUGGAGCCGCCCGGGUGGGAGGAGUCCAGGCGGGUGAAGCUGGUGCCCAGCUACGUGGGAGCGCACCGGCUGUCGCCCCCCGAAACGCCCCAGCAGAAAACAUGUGCCUGCAACAGCUGCGUCGGAGACCCCGGAGUCUCGGAUUGGUUUGACGAAAACUACGACCCGGAUAUCUCUCCGGUCUGGACCAGGGACAACAUCCAGCUGCCGCCGGACGUCUACUACUGGUGGGUGAUGUUGCAGCCGCAGUUUAAACCCCACAACAUCCAGCAGGUGCUGCUGAGACUUUUCCAGGUGAUUCCCGGACGGUCGCCGUACGGCUCGUGGGAUCCGGGGCGCUGCCUGCGUUGUGCCGUGGUGGGAAACUCCGGAAACCUCCGCGGCACCGGAUAUGGGGCGGCCAUCGACGGGCACGACUACAUCAUGAGGAUAAAUCUGGCCCCCACUGUGGGCUACGAGGAAGACGCUGGCAGACGCACCACGCACCACUUCAUGUACCCUGAGAGCGCCAAAAACCUGCCGACCAACGUCAGCUUUGUCCUGGUUCCCUUCAAAACCCUGGACCUGGUCUGGAUCACCAGCGCUCUGUCCACUGGCCAGAUCCGAUUCACUUACGCUCCAGUGAAGCAAUUCCUCCGUGUGGAUAAAGACAAGGUUCAGAUCUUCAAUCCGGCUUUCUUUAAAUACAUCCAUGACCGCUGGACCAGGCAUCACGGCCGGUACCCUUCCACUGGCAUGCUGGUCCUGUUUUUCGCUCUUCACGUCUGCGACGAGGUGAACGUGUUUGGCUUCGGCGCCGACAGCCGAGGAAACUGGCACCACUACUGGGAGCAGAACCGGUACUCCGGAGAGUUCAGGAAGACGGGCGUCCACGAUGCGGACUUCGAAGCUCAGAUCAUCAAGCAGCUGGCCAAGGCCGGAAAAAUCACAGUGUUCACUGGGAAAUGACCAGAAAAACAUCGAUGAAAAUGACGGACGCCAGUUUGGAUUCAAGUUAGAAUAAAAGCAAACUGGGAGAGAGUACAAUUUUACCGAUGGGGUUCGGCGAGCGAAACAUUUCCCACUUGGGAGUCGAGACUACAAUGAGUCUGACAGGUAAAAAUCUGUCACCUUUAUUGAGGAAAACAGGAAAUCAUGGCGGAACAGCAGGAUGAAUUAGAAAAAGAUUAUUAAGGAUUAUUAAACCCUGACACGAACUAUCUUUCACACCCAUUGUGCAUCUCAGAGGCCGUCGUGUGACUUUGUUUUUCAGCCGUGUGGGAAUAUUUUGCUGACAAAGAGCUGUCCUUUAGAAUCAAGAUCGUCUUUGAUUUGCCUUAAAUUCUCUUUGAGGUGAAACAUCCCUGGCACCGCCACACAGCUGCCGUCGUAAGGUCUUCACAAAGCGGCCGACGGCUCGGUAACCGGCGAUGAGAGCGGCUUUAUCGGAUUGACUCUCCCUCAAGAAGCCCCCCGGGCCCCCGGCUCUUGUGUUCACAGAAACACGUUCAGGAUUUCAGCUUCUGAAGACUCUGUUAGAGGAGGCCAUCUUGGCGGCGAUCUGAUCCGGUCCAUCAGGGUUUAAUUUGGAAGAUCUUUGCUCAAAUGUUGCUUCCAGACCAGAUUAUGACCCUAAAAAAAAAACCCCGUCGCCUUCAUUGACCACUCGACCCAGUCCCGGCUCGGCCCUUCAGGAGGCGGAGCCGGCCAGCGCCUUAGCCUUCACCUCUGACGGCGACGUUUGUUUGAUUUCUUAGAUUUACGCUCAAACUGGAUUUUCUUUCCACUUCUUCCGUCGCCACUGCGUGUGUUACCCAUCAUCAUGAAGAAAACGACAAAAUAAGUAGAUUGGUGUUUGAAUGUCAGGAUCCUGAAAGAGAAAUGCGUUUUGAAAUUCCACCAUAAACAUAAAGUUUUGUUUUUAUACAGGCUUCUUUAGGUUUCAGUUUUUAAAAUCAGACACGUUUUAACCGAUAUUACCAAAGUAAAUACAAGAAGCAGUUUUGAAAUAAUGUUUUCAUUUAUUAAUGAAAAGAUCUCAUCUGGUUGUAACCGACUGUUUGUGGCAACAACGUCAGGAUUUCGCCUUGCUGCGGAGAAACUUGGGUUUUAAAUUCAGAAACAUUGGAGGGGUUUCAAGCAUGUUGCUAUGGUAAUAAGAUAUGUUUUUUAGUAAAUGUGAGAUAUGUCUUUGUGCUGCGUUUGGUCAGCAGUAGUUUGGGCCUUACAGGUUUCUCACGGAUGCCGUUUUUUCUUUCAUUAGCUGCGUUUCCAUUAAACCUGUAAAGGGAAUUACAUAAAUAAAUAAGUUUGCUUAAUGCAGACGUGCUAAUUUUGAUAAAAAAGUUUUUCAGUUAGGAUUAGAUGUUUUGUUUGGCUGCAUUGAAAUUAGACAAAACCAACUUAUUAGUAACUUUUCAGCAAGAUAUAACAGCUUGUUUUAAGUCAAUAAUUCCUUAAUACUGAUGAAAAAGUACUUUUUCCAUAGGAAAUUAUUUCACUUAUGAGAUGAGAAAAAAUACUUUUAAAAAGUGAAAUAAUCUGCCAGUUGAACUCAUCCUUUUUCAACAAUACUGAAGAAUCAUUAACUUAAAACAAGCUCUUAUAUCUUGCUGAAAGGUUACUAAUAAGUUGGUUUUGUCUUUAUUCAAGUGUGCUAAAAUAUUUGCACUUGAAACUAAACCAAAAUUACUUGGUAGGAUUUUGUGUUUUUGCAGUAUAGGAUGGUUCUACUUUCAUUUUUUCAUACUGAUAUCUAUUAAAGUUGGGCCUGGAUAGAUGUUUUUCCUCUUUAAUAAAUGAAAUUAUCAUUUGUAAAACUGCAUUUUGUAUUGACUCAUAUCUUCGAUACAAAAAUUUGUGGGGGGGGGAAGAAAAGAAGAAAUCUUAGAUAAAGAAAGCAAAAGGAACAGUGUGGCUUUCACUUCCCAAAACAUCCCAUUUCUGUUUGUGUGACUGAGAGAUGAGGGAUUAAACUUUGUAAUAUGUUUUUGUUCUGUUUCCUGCGUUGUGCAGGUACUUCAAGGUGAGCUCACCCGGACAGAUGAAAGCGGCCGUGUUGUAUUUUACUGUAACUCAACGUCUUCCUGGUGUUUUUUCCUCCACACCAGGUUUUCUUAGAGGCUGGACUCGUGUUAACAGCUGAAUCUCUUCAUAUUGUUUGUGUUUCCUGCGUCUUGUCACUUGCUUUCGUGCCUUGUUCGGCUGCCGCCCGCAGCCGCUUCAUCAGCGACGCGCACCUGCUACCUUUCCGUUGUUGUUAGUCUCGCUCGCAUACACACGUCUAGCUGAGAGCUGUGCCUUCUGAGCUGAACGAUUACACGCGAACGCACCACAUGACGUCACACUCUGCCUUCUACUCUCUCGCUGUUGUUGCUAAUGGAGACGAUGCGAACUCAUAUCACGGUCCGUACAAAACUCCUGAUUCGCUAUUUGAUUUUUCCUUCCAGGCUGCCAGACUUCUUUUUUUUAUAUAUAUAUAUAUAUAUAUAUUUAUUAAAAUUUCGAGGAUUUAAAAAAGUCGUCUUAUUUUUUAAUCAUUCAAGCAAAAAAAAAAAAAAAAAAAGACUUCCAAACUCAAGGGUGUCGUCGUUUAACAGAUAAGUUAGCAUAAAAACAGUUUUAAAUCGGAUCUUUAGGCUCUUUGUUACCAGCAACAUCUUCUGCUAAAGCUAAACAAAAUCUUUUAAUUAAUAUGGAAACACAAACAAGUUGAUUUCCAAAGGUUUUAGCCAUAGUAUACAAUUUGACUGGAAAUAGGUGAAAGAAGUUUAGCAAACUCUGAAAAAUUAACAGCAGCAGCAAUUCAAGUUAUGUUGCUCUUAUUUUACUUAUUUAUAAAUAAAAACACUAUUAUAUGACAUUCUGCAAUACUUGCUCAUGACAAAAAAAGCAAAGAAACAUUUAAUAUUAUCACUUAAUUUUGCUUCACCUUCUGGGGUUACACUGACUAACCUGGGAACAGCUAGCAAAGCUACCUAUGCCUACGUUUUCUUAAUUUUAGAUUAGCUUAGUUUCAGUUUAGGUUAGCUUAGUUUGUGAAGUUGUGCUUGCAUAAACCUAACUCAGUUUAGUUUGGCUUAUUUUAUAUAAAACUGAGUUGGUUUAGCAUAAUGUAGCUAUGCUUAACUUAUCUCAACAUGGGAAGAUUGUUUUCUCCACCAAUGCUAACUUUAGCUUAGGUUAGUCUAGUUUUGCUCAACCCACCUGUGCCCCAUGUCUAAAUAGCGUAGCAUUGGUUAAUUUGUUUUAGCCCAACUAAUAUUCACUAAUAAGAGCCAAUUUAAGUAUAAUCCACUAUAUUUUUGUUGAAUUUAGAAUAGUGAAAUAGCCUACCUAUGCUUUCUUAGCUAGCUUAGCUUGUUUUGCCCAACUAUGUUUUAUUAGCUAAUAUUUGCUUAGCUUAGCCUACCCUGUGCCAAGCUACGUUUACACCGGCAAAGUGCUUAGCCAAGGUUUUCUAAAUCUACCUUAGUUUUUAUUAUUGAAUUGUCAUAAUUAUCUACAAUGAAGACACUGAAACUGCAAAAAGCAGCUAAAACCUGUAAGAAAAACAUUGAAAAACCUUCAAAAAGUCUGGAAAAUUAUUGAUCAGAACUGAUCUUGGAAGAAUCAAAGGAAGGAACUCAAGGGUUGAAUCAGGAUUUUUAAAUUGGACUCUAAUGUGUGUUUUUUUUGUUGUUGUUGUCAUAAUGCAGUAUAUUAAGAUACUGCAACUGAGAUGGUCUUAUUUCUGUGACAUUGUAAAAAUAAGACCAUUGUAAAUAGAAAAAAAGAGUAAAUUUCCACCCAAAAAAUACAUUAUUUGAAAUUUUUACAUUUCAAAUCUUAUUGCAAAAACCAUGGAAUUUUAAGCUUGAAAAGUCAAAAAUUAAAAUGGAAAAAAAAAUCUCAAACUUUUGUUUGAAAAGUUUAAAAAAAAUUGAUAUUUGGAAAUAUUCUGACUUGAUGUUUAAAAUUUUUUCCAAAUUUGCAAGUUUUUUCUAAUACAUUUCUGAUUGCAAAUUGUUAGUUUUCCCUUGCAAAUGUUCAACGUUUUUUCUUCUAGAAAAUUUCUGAAAUUGAUCUCAAAAUUUCUGUUGUGUCUUGAAAUCUUUAAAUUUUGGAGCUCACAUUUUUCCCGAAAAUUUGAGGAUAGUGUCGAAAUUUUAGUUUUUCUCUUUCAAUUUUUUAACUUUUGGAGUGCAGAAAUGUUGAAGUUUUUUUCUGUAAAUUUUCUGAGAUUAAUCUGAAAAUUUGUGAGCUUUACUCCUUCUUUCCGUCUGUAACGGCACUCGUAUGCAGUCGUACAUGUCUGUACAUCAGUAGGGACUUUGGAUUAAAAUAGAAACAUCUGAACUCAAUGUUAGCUCUCAUUCAGCUUCAUAAUGGAAGUGUUAAUUAUUCAUGACCUCCAUGCAGACUUUGAACAACAGAACUCGUUUCUCUGCUUAGGAACCAUCUUGAGCUGCGGCUGCUGCUCCUCAUCAGCUGCAGCCCAGGAUGUGGUGAUCAGAUGGGGGGAGGAGAGCAGCAGGGUCCCUUCAGUCCAAAUCAGGUUCCUCCCUCCCACCGACAGAACAUGACACAGAUCUGAUUCUUCCACGCAGACGACCCAAAGUAGGUCUUCCUUCCUGCUGUUGGUGUCGACCCACAUUUCUCCCUGCAGAAGAGAUCCUUCUGGCUGCAAAGAACCACAGCGGUGACUAAAAGCUGUGCCACUUCCUGCAGUUUGGGCCGACUUUAUUUAAACUUAAACUGAUUUAUAUUUGAAAAUCCUCUUUGUCCUCGGCGUCAGUGAAACUUGGUGCUGCGAUAUGUUCGAGGUUAUUUAUACUCUGCUUCGUCUGGCACAUUACGUUCUGAAGGGGAUGUCACGGAUCGCCUCGGAGUCGGAAAUCUCCAUUUUCCUGACCUGAAAAAAAUCCCACUGAGGUCGUUAAUAUUCAUACUGAGACUGGAUAAGCAGAGUGGAGCGUGGCAGAACCUGCUCAGUGAGGGCAAAGAUGAGAUUUUAAAAAAAAUUAAAUAAGAAAUUUGCCAAAAUAUCAAACUGAUGGUGUAUUAGGGCUAUUUUUAGAUUUAAAAAAUAAUAAUUUAUUUCUGCCAAAACUCAGAAAAUUUUAGAUUAAUCUCAGACAUUUCCUAGAAAAAACUGAAAGAAAGACAUUUUUGAGAUUUUAUUUUCUCUUUUAGAAAAGACAUGGACAUUUUUGAGUUUCAAAAGUCAAAACUUUUUCAAAGAAACCUGAAAAACCUGGAGCUCAGACAUUUUUAUGCUUUUCUUUUUUUAAAAAUUUUUGGAGUGCAGAAAUUAGUUUUUUUGUGGAAAUGUUCUCCCCCCCACUGUAAUCUACAGUGGCCUACCUGCCGUUUUCUUUAUUUCUCGUCUUUGAACUUCAGUUCAUUUCAUUUAUAUUUAGAAUCUGUUUUCCUCACAGAAAAGCGAAUAUAUGAACAGAAUGAACCUGAUUUGUUGUAUAAGCCAGAGAUGAGAGUAAACUGCAAAAAUAGAUUUAAAAAAUUUUAUCAGAAAUUUUCAGUUAUAAAAUAUGUUAUUUUAACUUAUUAAAUGUUAUCUAACAUUUCAGUAAGUUAAAAUAACGUUAAUGUUCAUCUUUCUGAUUGGAUGUCAGUCAAAUUUAUCUUUGAACUUUGAAGAUUAAUUAUAGGAAGGCGUAUCGAGGCUACUGUAAAAAUAAUUUAAAAAGGAGUAAAUUUCCACCAAAAACUUACAUUUUGAGAUCAGAAGUUUUCUAGGAUAUUGUGAAACUCAGAAAUUUCCUUGUUUUUUCUGAAAGUUUUCUAUUAAUCUCAAAAUUUUUGAGUUUUUUGGCUUUAAUUUACUUCCUUUUCUUUCCCCCAUGUAAACGGCCCUAAUAUGCCGUCAUACAGUAGAUACAACAUUUGAUGUGUGGUAAACAAAAAAUAUUGGCUAUUUUCUUAUCAAAAGAGGAGAAAUGUUUUACCAUUAGGUAAAAUAUGACAAGCAUCAGAUUAUAUUACCUGAUAAUAAAAAUUUCCACCACCUGGCCAACUAAAAUGAGAAGAUAUGAGGCAGGAUUUCUGCUAAACGAAUGUAAUAAUUAAUGAAAAGUGAAUAAAAAACAAAUGAGAUUUUUCUUUACAUAUUUUGCAGCAUCGUCAGCAGACAGAAGCAAAUGAUUGGGAAUCUUUGGUAAAAACAACCGGAAACGUUUCAAUAGCUGCAGUAAAAGUUAUUUUUUAUUGCUGAAGGAUAAAUCUGUAGCGGUUCUGUUCGCCGUAGAAACCAGGCCCGGUCCGAUCCUUUAACGUGUUGGAAACAUCAGCACUCGUGUAUUAACCACUGUAACGCGACUCACUCCGUUUUGUUUUUUCUGCUGUUGUGCAAAUAAAAACUUCAUGAAACUCAAA